GCGAGAGUCUCGGCGGGGAGCAGACGCUGCGGUGCGCCGCUCCGGGGGCUUUGUUUACCACUCAUGUGUCAACAAUCACUCAACCUGUCCUUGUUUACGCGGUACUCGCGGAGUAGUGAAGUGUGGCGGCGCGCCGCGAGGAGUACCUCGCUGCGGGCCCUCGACGCAGGCGGGAGCCGCACUCGGCCCCUCAACACUCACCAUGUUUAAGGGUCUCAAGAAGCGCUUCCACUCCUCUAGGUCAGGACGAGCCCGUAAGAGCGAGAGGAGCCCCCCACCAGGUGACGGCGUCUCCAUCGACACCAGCGACCGCAAGUCAACCUCCCCCAGGCAGGUGCACCCGGCAGACUUGGUGGUGGUGUCAGCGGUGCCCUACGCCCGCAGGAGCCUUGACGAACGCUCUGCUGGAGGCGGCGGGGGUGGGCGGCCAGGCUCCUCCCCCUGCAAGUCACCUCCACCCCCGCCGCCCUCAUCAUCCACCCCCUCCCCAACCUCCAUCAUCACCACCACCACCUCCGCCUACCCCACCGCUCCCAACCUCUGCGUUACCGCCGGCAAGAUUGAGUUUAUUACGCCCCCAGACUCGACUUUGUCAUCGACUGCUUCACGCUGCUCAACGCUGAAGCUGUCCCCCAGCACCCAGCUGGUGUCCCCCAACACCCAGCAGGAGGUGUUCUCCAGCUGUUACGGCCCUCUCGGGACAUACCAAUCCAGUAACGAUGUGGGCGACUGUACGAACAUGGACCAAUAG